CUGGUCCAUUUCCUGGUCCGACCUUCUCAUAUAAAUACGCAGGGUUACAAGACAAGAGUUCGUCAGAAAAUACGAACCCAAUGAUUCCUAUAUGUCCAGUGGUCUCCUUCACCUAUGUGCCCAGCCGGCUUGGUGAAGAUGCCAAAAUGGCUACCGGCAACUACUUUGGAUUUACCCACGGUGGUGCUGCACAGUACAGACACUUGACUGCUAUUCAACCAGAUUUUCCACAUGGAUCGAACUGUUGCUUCUGUCAGCAGCCAGCUGCGGGGGUGGCCUACACCCACCCUACCACCGUGGCCAGCUACACCGUACACCAGGCACCGAUGGCGGCCCACUCCGUGGCAGCAGCCUACGCUCCCACCGGCGCCACAGUCGCCGUAGCCAGGCCUGCCCCUGUCGCCGUGGCAGCAGCAGCCACUGCCGCAGCCUACGGAGGGUACCAGGCGGCGCACGCCACCGCUGACUACGGCUACGCACGCCAGCCGGACGUCCCCCCGCCGCCCCCCCCUGUCACGUCCCAGAACUACCAGGUAGGAUACCAGGACUCCUACUCCUACGUACGGUCCACGGCCCCAGCGGUAACCUACGACCCCAAGCAGUACUAUCAGCAACCCGUAGCCAGCUCUGCAGUCGCCGCUGCGGUAGCCGUACAGCCCCAACCCACCGCUGAGUCCUAUUACCAGGCCGCCUCCCUUAACACCUCCUGGGACACCACGUGGAAGAAAUCCCUACCAGCCCUUAAGACAGGCUACAGCCAGGCCAGUCUGACCCCCUACACCCAGACGCAACAGUCUCGUCAGGUGACGGCCAUCAAGCCUGUCACUCCCUCCCCAGCUUCCUCCACAUUCUCCAUUUACCCCGUGUCCACCGUACAGCCCGUGGCUGCCGUCGCCUCCGUCGUCCCCUCCUACUCUCAGAGCCCCACCUACUCCACCAACGCGGUCACGUACUCUGGUAAGCACGACAUGCAAGCCGUAACCAGCAUGCACUACCUGCCAACUACCUACUCAACCAACGCAGUCACGUACUCCCAGAGUCCCACGUAUAGUACCAACCCCGUCGCCUACUCUGGUACGUCGUACUCGGGCUACGAGGCUGCGGUGUACUCUGCUGCCUCUACCUACUACCAGCAACAACAGCAGCAGCAGCAGAAACAGGCUGUGGCGGCUGUCGCAGCUUCAGCAGCCUGGACAGGCAGCUCCUUCACCAAGAAACCUCCCUUCCAGAGCAAGCAGCUGAAACCCAAGCAGCCCCCCAAACCACCACAGAUCCACUACUGUGACGUCUGCAAGAUCAGCUGUGCAGGACCCCAGACCUACAAGGAGCACCUGGAGGGCCAGAAGCACAAGAAGAAGGAGGUGGCCCUGAAAGUCUCCCAGAGCAGCAGCAGCAGUAGUGGAGGUGGAGGAGGCUCAGCCCGGGGGACUCAGAACCAGCUCCGCUGUGAGCUCUGUGACGUCUCCUGCACUGGGGCAGAUGCAUACGCUGCACACAUCCGAGGAGCCAAGCACCAGAAGGUGGUGAAGCUCCACACCAAGCUGGGGAAGCCCAUCCCUUCCACAGAACCAAGUGUAGUGACCCAAACCUCCACGGCCUCCUCCAAGACUCCUGUCUCCUCCUCUACCACCCCUACAGGCUCCACCUCCAACUCCUCCUACCUGAAGCCGGUUAACAUCGUGAGCCAGGGUGGUGCGGGGGCCGGACUGGGGAAGGGUCUAGUGGGGAACAACCUAUCAGCAGCCAAUGCCACCACAGCUGUCAAGAAGGUCAACACCCCCAAGAUCAACUUUGUCGGGGGAAACAAGCUCCAGACUACCGGGAAGGUGGAGACAUCCAAGCCUCCUCCGCCCUCAUUGGUCCCCCAACCUCAGGAGACAAAGAACGAGUCCUCUGAUUCGCUGUCUACCCUGGCCGCCUUGCAGAAUGACGUGCAGCCCGUUGGACACGACUAUGUGGAAGAGGUGCGUAACGACGAAGGCAAGGUGAUCCGGUUCCACUGUAAGCUGUGUGAAUGUAGCUUCAACGAUCCCAACGCCAAAGAGAUGCAUCUGAAGGGCAGGAGACACCGCCUGCAGUACAAGAAAAAGGUGAACCCGGAGCUACAGGUGGAGGUGAAGCCCUCUAUCAGAGCCAGGAAGAUCCAGGAAGAGAAGAUGAGGAAACAGAUGCAGAAGGAGGAGUACUGGAGGAGGAGAGAGGAAGAGGAGAGAUGGAGGAUGGAGAUGAGGUACGGCGAGAUAGGACGUUAUGAGGAGGAGAUGUAUUGGCGUCGUAUGGAGGAGCAGCACCACUGGGACGAGAGACGUGGGGGCCCCAGGAUGCCAGGGGACGGACCAUACCUCCAGGGGACCCCUGGCCCACCUGGUCUACUGGGGGUUCGGCCUGGCAUGCCCAUCCCUCAGCCACAGGGACCUGUGCCUCCCCGUCGGCCAGACUCAUCAGACGACCGUUACGUGAUGACGAAGCACGCGACCAUCUACCCCUCUGAGGACGAGCUGCAGGCCAUCCAGAAGAUCGUCUCUAUCACAGAGAGAGCCCUCAAACUGGUCUCAGACAUCAUCAUCGACCAGGACAAGACCAAGGAGACUACUGGGGAGGACAAGGAUACCAAAGAGGUUCCCAAGACUCCCCAAGACCGAGCUCUGAAGGGGGUGAUGAGGGUGGGGGUCCUGGCUAAAGGACUGCUGCUCUGUGGAGACAACAAUGUCAACCUGGUCCUGCUUUGCUCAGAGAAACCCACCAAGAACCUGCUAAGCCGCAUAGUGGAGCAUCUUCCCAAGCAGCUGACGGUGGUGACCCCAGAGAAGUACGAGGUGAAGGGUUCCAUCGAGAACUGUUCCAUCAUCCUGACGUCUGGAGCCGACCCCAAAAUGACAGUCACCAUCACCCUGACCUCCCCCAGCAUCCGAGAGGAGGAGGAGACCCCUACCACACCCCCGCCACGGGACGGAGAUGUAACCUUGGUGAAAGACCCAGAGGACGUCUUGGACAGGCUAAAAUGCCUUGCCGCUCUGGCGGCUCUGCGGCACGCUAAGUGGUUCCAGGCUAGAGCGAACGGACUCCAAUCCUGUGUGAUUGUUAUUCGUAUCCUGCGUGACCUCUGUCAGAGGGUCCCCACAUGGUCCGCCUUCCCCAGCUGGGCCAUGGAGCUGCUGGUAGAGAAGACCAUUAGCAGUGCCUCUGGCCCCCUGAGCCCAGGCGACGCACUGAGACGAGUCUUUGAAUGCAUUUCCUCUGGGAUUCUGCUCCCCGGUGGCCCGGGAUUGGUCGACCCGUGUGAGAAGAACCCCACUGAUACCCUGACAGCCAUGGAGGAGCAACACAGAGAGGACAUCACCUCAAGUGCCCAGUUUGCUCUGCGGCUGCUAGAGGGAAUGUCUUCUAUUCACCAACUGUGUCUCUGUCCAGUUUGCUCUGCGGCUGCUAGCCUUCCGUCAGAUCCACAAGGUGCUGGGCAUGGACCCACUGCCCCUGAUGAAACCCCGCUUCAACGUCUGCACCAACCGCAAGCGUCGCCGCGACAACAGCGACGGAACGGACGGAUUCGAGGGUGAAGGGAAGAAGGACAAGAAGGAUUUCGACAGCAGCUGCUAGGACCUGGCCCCCCUCCACCACCCCCCACCCCAAUUAAUUUAAAGUUGUGUGUGUGUGUGGCCACGUUUCAUGCUGACUACAUUGCAUUCACCUGCCGGAAUCUCACAACACCUGGAUGUGUGUGUUCAAGAUGAGCGCUAACCAUAAUCCAUAUAGCAUUCUGAUGAUGGAUUGGAGUCAAUAACGUGGCGUGCAACCAUUGGUUGAUGCCUGCACUGCAAUGUAGUCUGCCUGGAACGAGCCCUAUGUACUUCUGUCACCUACUACAGGUGGGUUUGUGUAAAUGCUCAAGGCCAACAUCGGACGGGGCCUGGUCCUGUAAGCCAUGAGUAAAUCAGGGUUGUAUUCAUUUGGGCACGUAACAGAAAAUGUUUUUAAACAUUUUGCAAUGGGGGCGGGGGGGGGGGAGAACUGAGCAUUUCUAUUGUCAGUCCGUUUUCUUCCUUUUGGUCCCAAAUGAAUACAACCCAGUCUUGACUGAAUAGGCCUAAUGCAGUACCCAGUUUGUCCACGAUGUUCUGUUUUGGUAGCGAUUGAUAUGACCUGUGGUUGGGACCUAUAAACAUCUCCUUCCUAGCUGAUUCUUUUAUUUCUCCAGUAGAAGUUACCACGACAACGGGGCUUCCUUUUCCCAACAUUCUCCUUUUUAGACUUAUUGUCUGUCUUUUUUGUUGUUGUUGUUGUUUUGUGUUACAGACUUUCCAGUCUUUUUCGAGUUACGAAAACGUAAACUAGAGUGAGAUCUGUUUUUGUUCCAGUGGUUGAUUUUUGGAUCAGGAAGAUCUACGCUAAAUGUUGAUGCAUCACAUGCAUGUUAUUUCCAGUUGCAUAUAUUCAGUGUUGGCUGUUUUUUUUGUGUGAAUUUAAAUACCCAUUUAUGAAGCACAUAAUUCGAUCAGUCACCAGUAAAUGUUUUAUUUUCCUAUAAGCUGUAAUUUUGAAUAUGAUCUUCUUCUUUUUAAGUGUCAUGAUGCUUGUUAAAAGUAGCGUAAAAAGCUACGGUCUUGUUGUUUUGUUACGGCCAGACUGCAACGUGUUCUAGUGUUUAACACAGGCUCCUUAACUGUGAUGGUGUUUGUACUACAUUUCUGAGGGAAACACUGAUUCCUAAUUUGUUGUUUUGAACGUAGCUCUCUCUUAUAUAUAUAUAUAUGAAAAUAUACCUAUGAUAAUCUUGCAAUGGAUCAAAGUGUUUUAGUUUGGAAGAACUCACGGACGUGCUUUCAGAUUUUGUUAUUUGUAUUAUGGCUUUUAACAUUUUGGUUUAACAGAUUAUAAUGGGACAUUUGUUGGCUUGCCCCACAUCUUGGUUUAACGCUGCGUACAUAUAGUUCAUUUGAAUAAUGUAUAGAAGAUGAAAAACCGAUUUGGAUUAAAAAAAGACGAGCGUAACGUUGUUGUUUAAACGUAGAUCCAUUUAAUGUUUGACUGUCAGCCUGUCUCUGCCUGCCUCUCUCGGUCUGCCUGCCUCUCCCUCUCUGUCUGCCACUCUCUGCCUCUCCUUCUCGCUGCCUCUCUCUUGGUCUCUCUGCCUCUCCCUCUCUCUGCCUCUCUCUCGGUCUGUCUGCCUCUCUCUCAAUUCAAGGUGUUUUAUUGGCAUGGGAAACAUAUGUUUACAUUGCCAAAGCAAGUGAAAUUGAUAAACAAAAGUUCUCUCUUUGUCUGGCUGGCUCUCUCCUCCCUUCUCUGUCUGGCUCUCUCUCUCCCUUCUUGGUCGGUCUCUCUCUCUGUCUGGCUUUCUCUCUCUCUCUCUCUCCUCCCUUCUCGGUCGGUCUCUCUCGUGUGCUGCCUGUCAGUCAGCCUUUCGUGCUCGCUCUGUGCCUGUUUGUCUCUGUCUGUCUUAGUACCUCCACUUUACCAUGGUCGGAAUAAAGACAUUUCCUGAAAUGAAGGA